AUGGCUUCAAGCAACGGAACACCCGUCAAGGCCGCUCGCCAGACUGAGUUGAUGGAAGAGAUUGCUGCGGAAGAGAAUCAGCUCGCGGAGGUGCGCCAGGCCAUUGCACAGGCUGCUGAUCAAAUCCGCCAGCUUCGCGUUCAAGAAGAGUCGCUGCAGGCCAAGAUUUUUGGUCUGAAGCAAGAAGCUUCGACGCUGCAGGAGCGCCACAUCAAAACCAAGCUGGAUUCCUUGCAGGGAGCCAUGGUGAAGCAGGACCAUAGCCUGGCUGAACUGCAGGCGGCCUACGAGCGUGCCCUCGCCGAGAAGCUGCAGCUGCAGGAGGAGAUGGAUACGGUUCUGGCCCACGCGAGUGAUACGCCCGCCGGACGCUCUCGCACCGUGGAUCCCAGCACACGCUACGACUUGGCAAGCACGACGACUGUCAUGUCGGGUCGCAGCUACGAUCCUCUUGCGCAGGCCACUGUCCCGACCGUGAAUCCCUUCAAGGGCAAGCGCGAGCAGACAUAUCGCGUGGUGGAGAAUGGCACUGCCUCAAUCAAUUCGCUCGGAUCGCACUUGUCAGCGUCUCCUUAUGUCAACCCAGAUGACUUUAAGGUGACCGGUGCCCGCCCCGUUUCGGAGCGUCCGCGCGAGGAGUCGGCGCGCUUCCGCGACUGGCGCAAAAGCACUUCCAUCUCGCAGCCCCCUGGCGGCAAGUCAACCAUGUCCAACGUCUUGGGUUGA